AUGUUGUUCUAUGGCUUCUGUGAUGGCUUGAAUUGUGCGAAAAUCUAUGGGGGUUUUACAGAUGCAAGAGUUUCCUUGUUGAACCCUUCAACUGGUGAAUCUAAGACAUUUCCAUCUUCACCUUUUGAACUCCCAAAGUCAGUUCAGAAUUCGCCAGUGUAUGUUACUUUCGGAAUCGGCUACAACUCUACGUGUGAUGACUAUACUAUCGUAAGAAUGGCACAUGAAUUUGGAGGUCACUACAGAUACGAAAUGAAGUUGUACUCGUUGAAGAACAACUCAUGGAGAAAAAUUCAAGACCUGCCUCAUCCAAUUUUUCAUGCUGGAUCUGUUUGCUGCUUCCUAAAUGGUGCAUUCCACUGGUUUUCUUAUCACACUUCUUAUCAGGAUGGACUUUGUGUAGUUGUUUUACUUGAUAUAUCAGAGGAGAAGUAUGGGGAGAUCCAAAUACCACGUCUUAAUUGUUGGGAAUAA